AUGGCCGGCAAUGGUGGGGAGACGACAUGGUGUUUCAGUCAGGUGAAGGGCACGUUGGAGGACGACGUGACCGAGGCCGAUCUCAUAUCGUGCGUGGAGUUCAAUCACGACGGCGAACUGCUCGCCACCGGCGACAAGGGCGGCAGAGUUGUUAUAUUUCAGAGAGACCCAGCAUCCAAGCAAUGUGUACCGAAAAAAGGAGAGUACAAUGUGUACUCGACAUUCCAGUCCCACGAGCCGGAGUUCGACUACCUAAAGUCGCUCGAGAUAGAGGAGAAGAUCAACAAGAUUCGGUGGCUGAAGAGAAAGAACCAGGCACACUUUCUCCUCUCCACCAAUGACAAGACGAUCAAGCUCUGGAAGGUUUCGGAGCGUGAUAAGCGCGUGACGGGUUAUAACACUCGCGAGGAGGGCGGGCGCAUGCGUCACCCGUCGCGCGUCACGCAGUUGCGCGUGCCCACCGUGCGCCCCGCCGAGCUUAUGGUGGAGGCCUCCCCCAGGCGGAUCUUCGCAAAUGCUCACACAUACCACAUAAACUCGAUCUCAUUGAAUUCGGACCAAGAAACUUACCUUUCUGCAGAUGAUCUUCGUAUAAAUCUAUGGCACCUUGAAAUCACUGACCAGAGCUUUAAUAUCGUGGACAUAAAGCCUGCCAAUAUGGAGGAACUCACUGAGGUUAUAACCGCGGCAGAGUUCCACCCGACUGAAUGCAAUCUCUUUGUAUAUUCUAGUAGUAAGGGUACGAUAAGGCUGUGCGACAUGCGCGCGGCGGCGCUGUGCGACCGGCACGCCAAGCUGUUCGAGGAGCCGGAGGACCCGCACGCGCGUUCCUUCUUCUCCGAGAUCAUCUCCUCCAUCAGCGACGUUAAGCUGAGCAACUCCGGCAGAUACAUGAUGUCUAGAGACUAUUUAGGUUUAAAAGUAUGGGAUCUUAGAAUGGAAACAAAACCUGUAGAAACAUAUCCAGUGCAUGAAUACCUCCGCUCGAAGUUGUGUUCAUUAUAUGAGAAUGAUUGUAUAUUUGAUAAAUUUGAGUGUUGCUGGAGCGGAGACGACCAGAGAUUAAUGACAGGCUCCUACAAUGGAUUCUUUAGGAUAUUCGAGCGUGGCGGAGCGGGCGCGGGUGCAGGCGCAGGGGCGGGUGCGGCAGGCGCGCGGCGCGGCGAGUUGACCCUGGAGGCGUCGCGCGAGGCGGCCGCGCGUCCGCGCCAGCCGCUGCGUGCGCGUCGCGUCGCCGCCACCGCCAAGAGGAAGAAGGACGAAAUAGGCGUAGAUUGCCUAGAUUUCAACAAGAAGAUCCUCCACACCGCGUGGCAUCCGCACGAGACCUUAGGUAAUUUUAGAGUCCUGUUCAUUCAUACAUUUGGCUGUGUGAAGCGACUUAAGGUUGUAUACGUAAACGGUCAAGUGCUGUGGUGA